CGCAUGCUCGAUGGGGCCUUGUCACGCGGAAGAGAUCCGGGUAUCAUCUGCAUCCUCUGCUCUUUGUCCUCAGAAGUUUAACUUUUUUUUGGUAAAAGUCGACAAUGAGAAGCGUUUGCAGGAACGAACGAGGCCCCGCCCCCCGACGCCGCGGCCACCCGCCUUCACCAAAGGCCACGUGGGGUGUUUGUUUGAGUUUGUGUUGACAUUGUUGCCAUGGUAACGACGCCAAACUCUACAGGCGGCGUCGCUAGUUUGGCGUUACAUUUUCCAACAGUAUUUAACUAUUUUAGGAGCGUGUUAAGAAGACACCAGCUCCCCUCCGCUGCGAGUUACUCAUUUAAAUCCCAGGGUGCAAAGAAUCCAAAAAAAGCCACCUGAACAAUGGACGCUAGACACCCGAGCAUCACCUCUACGGCGUCCUCCCCAGAGGAGGCUCCUAACCUGCAGCUAGGCUUUGUCUUUGGGAACAGUCCUGUCAAACCACAGACCGCCCGCAUCCGACCACAGGAUGCUGAGCGACCACAGGAUGCUGAGCGACCACAGGAUGCUGAGCAGCGGGGGCUCCCCGACUGUUACCCAACAGAGACAUUGUGUCUGAGCAGAACUCAGCUGAAGCACGUUGCAGAGAGUAUUUUGAAAAACAGCCGGCUAAAGUAUUUAUAUCUUGAAGGGAACCAGCUGUCCAGUGUGCCAGAUUCAAUGUUCAUCAGCUUGCCAAACCUUCUCUGGCUGGACCUCAGGAAUAACCAAAUUACAUCCCUCCCUGCCGAAAUUGGCUCGCAUAGAUCUCUGAAAACGCUCCUUCUGGAAGGAAACCCCAUCUCUGAACUUCCACCAGAGUUGGGAAAUGUGAUCACCCUCAAGGGCCUGAACCUGAGGAAAUGCCCCAUCUGUUUCCCUCCCCAACACAUAGUGAACGAGGGGCUACGGAGUAUCCUCCAGCACCUGAGGAGCGCCAUGGCCAUGCGGCCAGUCAGCGGCAGGAAGAGCCCCCCAGAGCUGCCCUUGGUGGAGAAGCUCCAGCUGUCAGAUCUGAUGGGGUCCAGCGUGGACGAGCAGGAGGACGAGGACGAGCUGCGGAGGUUCAGGGAACUCAGACAACAGAUGAUCCUGCUGGAGAAGGCCGAGCCGGUUUCAGCAGAUGGAGACCGGAAGUCACGUCCUCUUCCCGCCAUCAAAAAAAAAAAGGCACAUACCAGGACCGGCGGGGUUCCCCACCUCCCCCUGAGCGGCACUCUGCAUUGGGGGAGGCCAGAGGAAAGGAGACAGGCUGCAUUGAAGGAGAUGGCGGAGAAGCAGGCAAUUCUCGAGCAGAGGAGAAAGAGCCAAGAAGCUAUUCGGAAGUGGCGUCACCAGGCAAAGAUCAACCAGGAGAAGAAAAGUCUCCAGCAGAAGAAACAUGCAGAACGCAGAAAGCGAGAGGUAGCAGAAACAGAUUCAAAACCUGGUACGGUUCAGGCGUCCGCCGUGUCCACCCCACAGAGUGAAGAGACCAGAUCACCCCGCGAGCUGGAGGGACGGAUCGGCGCCAGCGUAGAAAAGAUGCAGGAGAGACGCAGGAAUCCCACGGGCACCACCGCAGACCAGAUGGCAGCAGCAGAGGGAGACUUUGAGGAAAUGAGGAAGCUGCAGGCUCGGCUCUUGGAGAGGAAGAGGAAUCAGGGGGGUGAUCUUGGAAAGUGUUUCGCCAUCUUCAAUGGAGACACGUGGCCUAGUUUCAUUGACGAGUAUCAGGGAUUGUAGUGUUCUGUUUGAGUUUUGAGGUAUUGGAUUAAUGCUCAAUGUUUGAUGUCAAGACUAAGAACUUCAUCAAGGAUCAUUGUAAUGCUCAUAUCAUAGAAAAAUAAAGAGCAAAAGCUUUUA